CUGCGCAAUAUUAUCUGUUCUUGUCAGUGUGACGGUGACAGCGGAACGUGACAGACGUACGACAUUGGACGGUGUUGUGUUGUUUUGUUGAUUUCCAGUUUGUGCUUGUGAUUCUUGAAUUAGAAUUGACUGUUUUAGUGUUUGAGUAUCAAUUUAUUAAAAUGAAGAUUGCCGUAGAAGGUUGUGCUCAUGGUGAACUUGAAAAAAUUUACGAUUGUAUUGAAACAUUACAAGCGCGAGAGCAAAUCAAAAUAGAUUUGUUGAUAUGUUGUGGUGACUUCCAAUCAGUACGAAAUAGUGAAGAUUUACGGUCGAUGGCAGUGCCAGACAAGUAUCAACACAUGUGCAGCUUCUACAAGUACUAUAGUGGUGAGAGACGUGCGCCAAUACUUACCAUAUUUAUCGGCGGAAACCAUGAAGCUUCAAACUAUCUUCAGGAGCUCCCUUAUGGAGGCUGGGUGGCGCCAAACAUCUUUUACAUGGGCCGUGCGAGUGUCAUCAAAUUCGGGAAUUUGAGGAUAGGAGGUAUGUCCGGUAUUUAUAAGGGGCAUGAUUACUUACAAGGACUGUGGGAAUGUCCCCCAUACACUCAGAACUCCUUACGGUCAGUCUACCAUGUGCGCUCGCUGGAUGUCUUCCGGCUCAGUCAACUGGGGGAAAAAGUCCAUGUCAUGCUCUCUCACGAUUGGCCACGUGGCAUCACUGAAUAUGGAGAUAAGGAGUUUUUAUUGAGAAGAAAACCUUUUUUUAGGGAAGAUAUUGAAUCUAACCAAUUGGGAAGCGUUCCAGCUGAAAAACUAUUGCACUCUAUGAAACCAGACUACUGGUUUGCUGCUCAUUUACAUUGUCAAUUUGCUGCAUUAGUCAAACAUGAUGAUGACCACGAAACAAAGUUUUUGGCCUUAGACAAGUGUCUUCCAAAGCGUAGACAUCUGCAAAUUCUGAAUAUACCGACCGAGUUUGAUGGUGACAAAACAUUGAAGUAUGAUGAAGAAUGGCUGGCUGUUCUUCAAAGUACCAAUCACCUAUUAAGUGUGAAGAACAUUGAUGUUCAUAUGCCUGGUCCUGGUGGAAAUGAAAGGUAUGAAUUUACUCCAACAGAAGCUGAGAAAGAAGCAGUUCUAAAACUAUUGCAAGAUACAAGAAUAAGUGAAGAUAACUUUGUACGGACAGCGCCCAUAUACAAUCCUAGUGCUCCCAAAACUGUGCCUUCGAAUCCAAUAUCAAACCCACAAACAGUUAAUUUGUGUGAAAAGCUUGGCAUUGAUGACCCUGUGCAAGUUAUUAUGGCUCGAUCUGGAAGGACUAUGACUCAACCGAAUGUAGAGUUGACGAAAUCUCCAUAUAUCCAAUUUAAAUCGCCUGAAGUUGAUACAUCUGUAGUGAGAACACCAAUGAAGUCUAAACUUUCACUUCCUGCUCCUGUAACUCCAAAUGAUAAUGACAGUGAAGAUACAAAUAGAAACUCGUCUCUAUCGACAGAAAUAUCAUUUUUGUCCGAUAGCACAUGUGCCUCUCCCGUUGAUUGUGCUACGCCGAUGUCAGCAGGUGCUAAGAAGACAUUUAAACGCAGAAAUUUAUCUAUUUACAAUACACCAGAUGAUGAUGGUGUCAGUACGUCUAGCUCAAUGCUAGAAUCGGAAAGUCCCCGAUCAAGUAAACUGCCAUGUAGAGGUUCUGUUUUGUGAUUAAUGUACUCUCUUAAAUUAUGUAAGUUAAUUAUAAAAAAAUAUGACAGAAAUUGUACAAAUGUUUUACAACUUGUAUGUCUGUAGGAGAAUUUUAGCAUAUUACAAUUUUAUUCACAAAUCAAUUUUAUUAAGGAUAUUCAAGGUAGACCCAUUAAAGCUAUUAUAUAUUUGUAUGUAAAUAAGAAUUGUCAUGUGAUGUGAAUGUUGAUUAGAUUAAGAAUAUUGUUAAUUUUACAUUAUUCAUUAGAAUGAGCUAAAAUAACAUUUUAAACUAAUUACAAUUGAAUUUUAAAUUGUCAUAAUAAUACAAAGUUAUAAAUUUGCACUUUGUUUUUAAGUUCUGUUGCAACAAAACAUGUUGUGAUCUCUCUACAUAUUUGUCCUAGUAAUUUACUAGAUUU